AUGAGGUCCUCCUGGAUAUUUAUGAUACAUGUGCUGUGUCUGAGCGGCCACCAGUGCGCACCGACGAAGCAGGAGGAGAUGAACCUCCAGGACAACCUCAAGCAAUUAUCUGAAGUUGGAGAGAAGUAUGUAGAUGAAGAGGUAAAGAAAGCUUUGAUUGGUAUUAAGCAGAUGAAAAUUAUGAUGGAAAGAAAUGAAGAUAAGCACAUAGAUCUGAUGAAAACCUUGAAGAAGAGCAGUGAAGAAAAACAGCAAGCCUUGCGACUUAUGGAUGAAGUAAAGGCAAGACUGGAAGAAGAGGAAAGACAAUGUCAAGUAUCCUUGAAAAAUCUAUGGGAUGAAUGUGAAUCUUGCUUAGAAAGUACCUGCAUGAGAUAUUAUACAACUUGCAAACAUGGUGUGUCAACCUUUAAGAGAAAGGUUGAAGAUUUUUUGAGGAAAAUACCUCCACUCAUAUUUACUUUUCAUGAGGAGCAAGGAAGAGACAUCCAGUCUAAUGAAAAGCCUGAGAAAGAGGAUACCCAGCUAGUAAAGAUGGAAGAUUUAUUUAGCCAGCUGUUAUCGGAUGUGGGCUCAAUAUUUGACAGAAGUUUCAUUUUUUUCAAGCACAUGCAGAAAGAGUUUGACCAGUCUUUUCAGACUUAUUUCAUGUCUGACCUGGAGAUGAGUGAGUCCCCCAGCAUGCCAGCUUUACCUGAGGUCACCACCAGAACUGAAGGCUCCCAGAGAGGCUGGGGCGUGCCCGGCUUCUUACAGAUAGUUUUUGAUUUCAGUAGGAUGGUGUUCGAAGGUGUCAGUGAGGUGAUCACUGAUGUGUUUGAUGAAUACAGAGAUUACAGAAGAGGUGUGCCAGAACAAACCAAAGAUCCUGACAGAAGUGGCAUGUUUUCAAAAAUUGUGUCAGGGCGCCAGAGACUUCAGUGCAGGGAGCUCCGGGAGAACUCCUCUGGAUGCCCACAGUUUCAUGAGAGGUGCCAGAAAUGUCAAGACAAUCUUUUGCAUGAUUGCCCAAACGUUCCUGAGCUGCACAUAAAGUUUGAUGAAGCCUUUAAGCUGGUUAAUCUCUCAGGAGAGCAGUACGAGCAGAUUCUCCAGGUGGUUCGGCAUCACACGGAGGACACUUCCUACUUGCUGAACAAAAUGAAAGAAAGGUUUGGGUGGGUGUCUGAGUUAUCCAACAUGACCAUUGGACCAGAAAACAUUUUCAACGUGGUUAAGGUGGUACCUGGAGAUCCCUCCAGUAAAGAUGAAACUGUGGUAGAUGUGAACGUUCUGACUUCACCUACUUUCACCAUUAAAGUUCCUCCCAACUUAGAUCCCAAGAGUCCUGAGUUCAUCGAAUACAUAGCUGGGAAAGCACUCCAAUUGUAUAAGCAGAAUUUUUAA